CCGCGCAGCCCGGCUCGCACGGCCCAGUGCGCCGCGGCUGUCUGCUGGGCUCGCGCGCCGCGGACCCGGCUUCAGCCGCUUCAGUCUCACGGCCGUGGCCGCCUCAGUUUCGCUCUCAGCGCCGCCCGGCCCCGCCGCCCCGCGCGCCCCCAGCCCCUCAAGCCAGAUGAUGAACUUCCUGCGGCGCCGGCUGUCGGACAGCAGCUUCAUCGCCAACCUGCCCAAUGGCUACAUGACCGACCUGCAGCGGCCCGAGCCCCAGCAGCCGCCGCCGCCGCCCCCCGGUGCGUGCGCGGCCUCCGCCUCUUUGGCGUCCCCGGCCGCCUCACCGGGCCUCGAGCGGAGGCCGCCGCCGACCCCGGCGCCCGCGCCGCAACCCGCCCCGCAGACGGCCGCGGCGCCGUCGGUGGGCAGCAGCUUCUUCAGCUCGCUGUCCCAAGCCGUGAAGCAGACGGCUGCCUCGGCGGGCCUGGUGGACGCGUCCGCGCCCGCGCCCGCCGCCGCCAGGAAGGCCAAAGUGCUGCUGGUCGUCGACGAGCCGCACACCGACUGGUCCAAGUGCUUCCGGGGCAAAAAAGUCCUUGGAGAUUAUGAUAUUAAAGUGGAACAGGCGGAAUUUUCAGAGCUCAACCUGGUGGCCCAUGCAGAUGGGACCUAUGCUGUGGACAUGCAGGUGCUCCGGAAUGGUACCAAAGUUGUCCGGUCCUUCCGGCCAGACUUUGUGCUCAUCCGGCAGCAUGCAUUUGGCAUGGCAGAGAAUGAGGACUUCCGUCACCUGAUCAUUGGCAUGCAGUACGCAGGCCUCCCCAGCAUCAACACACUGGAAUCCAUUUACAACUUCUGUGACAAGCCGUGGGUGUUUGCCCAGCUGGUGGCCAUCUACAAGACAUUGGGAGGAGAAAAGUUCCCACUUAUUGAUCAGACAUACUACCCCAACCACAAAGAGAUGCUGACACUGCCCACGUUCCCAGUGGUGGUGAAGAUCGGCCAUGCUCACUCGGGCAUGGGCAAGGUCAAAGUGGAAAACCACUACGACUUCCAGGACAUUGCCAGUGUGGUGGCCCUCACCCAGACAUACGCCACAACAGAGCCUUUCAUCGACGCCAAGUAUGACAUCCGGGUCCAGAAGAUAGGCAACAACUACAAGGCUUACAUGAGGACGUCAAUCUCAGGGAACUGGAAGACGAACACCGGCUCUGCGAUGCUGGAGCAGAUCGCCAUGUCAGACAGGUACAAGCUGUGGGUGGACACCUGUUCUGAGAUGUUUGGCGGCCUGGACAUCUGUGCUGUCAAAGCUGUACAUGGCAAAGAUGGGAAAGACUACAUUUUUGAGGUCAUGGACUGUAGUAUGCCACUGAUUGGGGAACACCAGGUGGAGGAUAGACAACUCAUUACUGAACUAGUCAUCAGCAAGAUGAACCACCUGCUGUCCAGAACCCCUGUCCUGUCUCCUCAGAGACCCUUAACCACCCAGCAACCACAGAGUGGAACACUUAAGGAUCCGGAGUUGAGCAAGACCCCACCUCAGCGGCCAGCCCCCCAAGGGGGCCCUGGGCAACCCCAAGGAAUGCAACCCCCAGGCAAGGUGCUGCCUCCACGCCGGCUCCCCCCUGGACCAUCACUGCCACCUUCCUCCUCUUCCUCCUCCUCCUCUUCUUCCUCCUCCUCGGCUCUUCCGCGGCCAGGCGGCCCCAGCACCCACGGCGAUGCACCCUCCAGCAGCAGCUCCCUGGCAGAGGCCCAGCCACCCCCAGCUGCUCCACCACAGAAGCCCCAGCCUCACCCACAGCUCAACAAGUCGCAGUCCCUGACAAAUGCCUUCAGCUUCUCUGAGUCCUCCUUCUUCCGGUCUUCAGCCAGUGAGGAUGAAGCCAAAGCAGAGACCAUCCGGAGCUUGAGGAAGUCCUUUGCCAGCCUCUUUUCAGACUAGCUCUCCAGACACACGGGGGCACCCAGCCCAACUGGGAAAGGCAUCUGAAACGUUGGCCAACACCCGUCAGCCAUGCUUGGUGGUGAUGUCCCAUGACUUUGAUGUGUGCGGCCCCUUCCUCUGCUCCAUUGUGCUAAGUGAUACCAUGCAGCUCAGAAAGGACCACAUUGCCAGUCUCAGGGCAGGUGCUUCACCAUCGAGGGGCACCUGACAUCAGAGAGGAUAGAGCUGCUUUCCUGUAGUCAUGAGAGCUUCCUCUGAGGUCAUAAUUUGCUGUGAGUUUAGUGGCCUUAUUGUGACAGUGCCAUCAUGUCUUACUCUUACUCGUGAAACCAGAAUCCCUUUCCUUGAGGACUCCUGCUAGCUUAUCGUAGCUUGCUCAGAUGCUGUGCUAAGCAUGUGCCCACCCCUUGAGUCAGUGCCGCCGCCGCCUGUGUGGGGAGCAUAUACUUAUCCAAAAUACUCUUGGCUCUAAGUGUUGGGAACUUACCCACACCUGGAUUCUUUGUCACACCUCUGUUUAGCUGUUUAAAGCACACCUGAACAGCACACCAGAUUUUUCGACUGCUGUCAUGGUGAAGCACCUUUAGUCUGCUGAUACUAAGCACAGAAAACAAGGACCUGCAGCUUCCCCUUGCCCUGUCCCGGGGAGAGCAGUUCUCGUGUGCGCGCGAUGGCGAUCUUGAGCUCUGAAGCCGCGCUGUGGAGACCGCAUGCCACUGUAACAGCAGUAUGCCAUGUGUCGUGUUCAUCUCCAAAUAAAUGUUAAGACCUUUGGUGUAAUAAAAGCAGCUGCGUUAACCAGCACUUGAUUCAGCCAUGAGGUCUCCCCUCGGCCACCCUGUGGACUUGAGAGAGUAUAUUUGAGGCAUGUGUGCACGUUUGUGAGUACAGAGAAGGGAAAAGUCCAGGACGGGAAAGUUGCUUGUGUCAGUAUGUAAGUGAACAUGUUUAUGUGGGGGCAGGUGGUUGAGAGUAUGGCUGUCCUUUAGAUGCCAC